AAAAUCGGGUCUGUGCUUCUCACUUUCCAGAGCUACAAUCACAACGCGCGAUUCAUCACACUAAAAUGUCUAAUCAUACGCUGUCAACUCCUCUUUUACCGCCGGGCACGCCUUCACGACCGUCCGAUUGCGAUGGUCCCCACACGAUCGUCGCCGUCAACGACCGUGGCGCUCCGCAGCCGGCGCAUCAGAGCUGGAAUGGUGAUGGCCGGCGCGCCGGCGCCGGGCUGGAGCUGGUCGACGACAACCCGUACGGUUUCCUCGGGGCGCACCAGUUGGAGGUGCCGGAGUCUUCGACGAUUGACCCGUUUUUGAACCACACCGCCGGGAUUGAAGGGGUGUAUGAGUGGGUGAAGAUCCUGCUGUGCUUGCCCGUUGCUCUGCUCCGGCUGGCGCUUUUUGGGUUUUGCUUGAUGAUUGGUUAUGCGGCUACCCGGAUUGCUCUCGGAGGCUGGCGGGAUAGGCAUAAUCCGAUGCCCAAAUGGAGGUCCAGACUCAUGUGGGUUACCCGGAUUUGCGCCCGUUUUAUCCUCUUCUCUUUCGGUUAUCAAUGGAUAAAGCGAAAAGGAAAACCUGCCCCGAGGGAGAUUGCUCCUAUUGUUGUAUCUAAUCACAUAUCAUAUAUUGACCCCAUCUUCUUUUUCUAUGAAUUAUUUCCCACCAUUGUUGCCUCGGAAUCUCAUGACUCCAUGCCAUUUGUUGGAACCAUAAUUAGAGCUAUGCAGGUGAUAUACGUAGAUAGAUUUUCACAAUCAUCAAGGAAGAAUGCUGUUAAUGAAAUAAAGAGAAAGGCCUCUCGCGAUCAAUUCCCACGAGUGCUUUUAUUUCCUGAAGGCACCACCACCAAUGGAAGAGCUAUUCUUUCAUUCCAAUUGGGUGCAUUUAUCCCCGGGUUUCCUAUCCAGCCAGUUGUUGUUCGCUACCCACAUGUACAUUUUGACCAAUCAUGGGGAAACAUUUCUUUGGCAAGAUUGAUGUUUAGAAUGUUCACACAGUUUCACAAUUUCAUGGAGGUUGAAUACCUUCCUAUUGUAUCACCACUUGAGAAUCAAAAGGAAAAUGCUGUUCAUUUUGCUAAGAGGACUAGCCAUGCCAUUGCUAGUUCUCUGAAUGUUGUACAAACAUCACAUUCUUAUGCCGAUGCCUUGCUUCUUAUGAAGGCUGCUGAUUCCAACAAGGAAAACCCCUCCCUGUAUAUGACUGAAAUGGCAUGGGUUAAGUCGGCCUUUAAUGUGAGCUCUUUAGAGGCUAUGGACUUUCUGGAUGUUUUCCUUUCCAUGAACCCCGACUCCAGGGGACAAGUUAAAAUACACGACUUCCUCAGGGUUCUAAGACUCAAGCCGUGUGCUCUUUCUGAAAAGAUAUUCCAAUUUGUUGAUGUGCAAAAGAACGGGCGAAUUACUUUCAAACAGUUCUUGGUUGCAUCAGUUCACAUUCUGAACCAGCCAUCAUUUUCCCGAGCCUGUGAAUUGGCAUUCGAGAAAUGUGAUUCUAAUAGGAAACAUUACAUUCUGGAGCAAGAGUUGGAAGAAUCUCUUACGCUAUCAAUCCCGAAUCUGAGCAAGGACGAGAUCCAUGAUCUCUUUAACUUGCUCGAUGCCAAUCACGACGGGAGGAUCUCCCGUGAAGAUUUCAUUCCCGGUUUAAGAAGAAACCCAUUGUUGAUAGCGCUUUUCGUCCCAAAAUUGUUAAAUGAGAACUUGUCUGGAGCAGAAGAACAUGUACUGGUAGAGAUAUUAUGACCUAAGUUUUGAUUGCCAUAGAAGAAAGAACUCACAUAUGAUCAGUACCUUGAGAGAGAUGUAUUGAGGCAAUGAGGGGCCAUAUAAUUUUGGCAUAAAAUACUCAUUUUGUGUGAUGUGAUUAAACUUUUAUUCUUUUACAAAAUUCUACUAAUUAAUGUGGUUAUCGACUUUGAUUUGUUCUA